AUGGCGAAUAGUAGCUUCACUCUCUGCACGUACAACAUCCGCUUCAUCCUGGACCGCUGGGACGAGCGCCGGCCGUUCCUCGAGGACGCGCUGACGCGCACGGGCGCCGACGUCUUUGCGCUCCAAGAAGUCAACAUUGGCCACUAUUGGGGCCAGCACCACGAGCUUCGCGCGCUCCUCUCGACGCAAGACGCGGCGCUUUCUGCGUUUCCGUCGCCGGGUGCGCGCGUCUACAUCCAGGCGAUUCCGCUUCUUGGCUAUCUCUUUCGGUGCGGCAACCCGCUCGCUGCGGUCUUCUACGAUGGCUGCGCGUGGUUCAACAAGCGCUGCCUCGGCGCCAUCUUGGGCCGCUUCACGCAAGCGAUUUACCAUCGCCCAAUCCUUCGGGCGCUAACCUUUGUGGGCCUCGGCUCGGCUUGGGUCUUUGGCACGGCGCUGCUUGCCAAGGACGAGCUCGCGCCCGCCGCUCAUGACACGCUCAUCCUGAGCGAUUGGAAGGUCGCCCAGUGCGUCCAGCUUACGGUUGGCGGCAGCGUCGUGCUGGUUGCCAACGUACACUUGUCGUCGGGCGGCGACGAAGAAGGCCUCCGCACCGACCAGAUUACCAAGACGAUCGAGUGGCUUCUCGCGAUGCAGACAGAGACGAUCGCAGGCAUCGUCAUUGUCGGUGAUUUCAACUGCGUGCCCAACGGCGACUGCUACCGCGCGAUUCAAGCGCUUGGCUUCCGCAGCGCGCACCAACUCAUCCACGGAAAAGAGCCAGAAAAGACAUUCCACCAGGGGCUCGAAGCCCCGACCAAGGACGUGGAUGACGAGAAAACGCUCGACUAUGUCUUUGUCUACGGCCAGGUGACGCCGCAGACCAUCAAUGUGAUUGGCACCGAGUGCUGCAACGACGACACAACGCUGUACCCCAGUGACCACUUCGGCCUCGUCGCCAAGCUCCUCGUUAGCGAAUCGCCACGUCCUGCCGAGGCGGCAACCGCCGACGCUUAGUUGCAUCGCUUGAUGUUUUCACUAUACAAGUCGUUCACCUCCCU